AUGACUGUAAUGGAACCUAUUAGUCAAUAUGUUGCUAUUGAGUGGCCUCAAGGCGAAGAAAUAUGGUUCAUACAAGAUGAAUUGCCACAGCACAAUCAAUUUUGUACAUCUGAGCAAGAAAUAAUGUCAAUAGAAUUAGCAUUCAGCGCUGUAGAAGACUCGCUACAAAUAGUGCACUCUUCUUUUGAACAUGUCUCGUCAUCAAUCACUCAACAAUCAAAUGAAAUAAUAUUGUUAUUGGAACAAAGUUUAGCUAAGCAGAAAACGUUACUAAAGCAGAAUCAAUUAUUCACCGAUGAGAUAGCAAAACAACAGUGCACUACUGAUUUUUAUUCUGAAUCUAGUCAGAAUAAUACUAUUAUCUUUCAAUUAAAAUCAAUUACAACAUCUUUAAAAUAUUCAUUUCAAUCAAAUAUUCGUCCAUUAGUUUCAAUCGGUAUCAUUUUAAUUACUAUUUUAUUUGUUAGUAUUUUAUUUGGUUAUCUCGGCUCUUGUUUAAGUUUUUACGAUGAUAAACAUACUCCACAAUUUGGUAAUAAUGUGUUACUUCCUGGCAUAAAUUAUUUUGGCUGGUUUAGAACUUUAGCGGUACCCUAA